GGUUGAUUCUCCAGCUUUGGCAUUGGCCAAGUCCCCAACAUGUCGUCUACUCUAACCUGGUUCUGUGCGAUGGACACUGGGUUCUUACAUAAAUGCUGAGGGUGAUGAUGGAGGUCGCGCCUCCGAUGCAGAUCCGGCGCAAGCCGGUUGCCGCUCCAUCGUCAUCUGACUCGUCCCCACGCGCCGUUCCCUCCGACUCCCAGCAGAAGCCGGCGAGUGCGCAGGUCGGGGACAGGCUCCGGCCUGACCCACAGCCGCCAUCAAGACCGGUCUCCCGCGGUGCGGAGCCGUUUUUGCAAGUUCCACAUGGCCAUCGCCUCCGAUCACAGAGAAGCAUGCCCGAGCUCUCGCGGGCGGCAGCAGGCUCACCGCCCGUGGCGCCGCUGGACGGCCCACCGGUAACCGCCGUCGCGACAUUUGGGCCCGAGGCGAGUGCCGGCAAGAAAAACUUCAUGCGGUCUGCUCUCAGUGAGGCACGCCACUUCGCCGGCGGACUGAUCCCGCACCCGACCGAGUCGACCAAGCAUUACACUAUCCUGCGACACUCCCCUCCGCUGAUCUUCUACCGGGGACCAAGCACUUCCGUCGCCAUCACCAUCUUUACCUCUCCUGAUCGCGCCCUGCCCGCUGAUCGCACCCUUUGGCUGCAGAAGCGCGGCUUCUCGGGCGACAGCGGCAUGAAGAUCAAGGCCCUCUUCAAUGUCACCGACGACUGGCUGCAUGUUACGCCGUCAACACAGGUUGAUCCACACCAGCUAUCCGCCGACACUGACCGCGCCUGGCAGAGAGACAUUGCGAAAGCCGCAAGUAAGUUGCUGAAGGAAAUGGGGCCAAAGAAAGCCCAUGUCCCGCGGGAGACCCAUGUCAUCAAGAUCCCCGAGGUUUCGGAAGACGGGUAUUUCCGCCUGAUCCUGUGCACUGGCAGGGGCACGCCGUACGGAACCAACGAAACGUCAUCAAAGUGCAAGACCCUCUGUGCCAGCCCGAUAUUCCGCAUUGCCAGCGCCUCGACAGACUCGAGCGUGUUUCGCGGUGCCUCCUUGAGCUCCCUGCCGCUCGAAAUGGGCGUCUACGUAGCAUCUGUGGUUGCUACGACCACGGCGGACAGGUAUAUCGCUCCAGUGCGGGACCCUGUCAAGGCUGUCAUCGAUAGAGUCCGCCCCGGCUUGAUCACUGAAACGGUUGGCGGUCUUGUGACCGACGAGUUGAGCGAGCGGUCAGCCGAACGCGACGCAGAGCGGGACCAAGCCUUUUUCAGGACACACCAAGCCCACAUCACACGGUCCCUCGAAGCAGACCCUAAUGCCAUUUACCCCAUCGGACCGGACUCGGGCCCAGAACCGCCCUUCCCGCUGGAGUUUCAAGCCAAGGUUGUCCGGGGCACAGGCCGCAGCCAAGACGAACUCGGCACGCCCACCGCCAACCUCUCGGGCGUCCCAGACGAGAUCCGGUACCGCCUCAGCGGCAUCUACUUUGGUUGGGCCCGCGUCCAGCCCAAGGGCAAAUACGAAGCCAACACCACCCCAGACUCAUCCACCUUUCCCCUGCCACAAUGGCACGAAACAAUAAUAUCCAUCUCCCCCGACCCCUCCUCUCCCCCGUCAGUAACCCUUAAACCCCUCGUAACAGCGCACCUCCUCAACCACCCCCCUUCCAACCCGCCGCUCCUCAACCAGACCCUCAACGUCUUGAUCCUAGGCCUCCUGCGCCCCAACCCCCCUGCAACUCCAACCUCCUGCCGACCGCCUAUUCCCCUCAUCAACGAACGACUGGACACCGCGUCAAGAGACGCAUGUCUCACGCUGGUCAGCCUGGCGCGCGAGAACUGGCGGCCCGAUUCACCUGUCGUGACGACUGGGUUGUUGUUGGCGACGAGGCGGAGGGGGCCCAGCUCUUCUCUGAGAGAGCAGGCUGAAGUGGUCAAGGGGCGGGCCCUGGCGAGGGUGGUGGGCUCGGUGCCGUUGCAUUGGGUGGGGGUUCGGAGAAGUGGGGAUGCGGCGGAGGAGAGGGAUCGGGUGUUGGGGGUUGGGGGGUAUUGGGUUCCGAGGUGAGGUGGGUGAGCUUCUUCUUGUUGCAAGACGGAAGUGAAUGUGUGUCUUUUCGAGAACUUGAGCGAUGGAUAUGGGAGAGUAGGGUGAAGUUUCGGAGGAGUGAUGGGGAUCUGACUGGGGGUUAAGGGUUUUGGGUGCGAUCAUGUACUUGCUUGUUGUUGAUACUUGUUGUAAUGCUGUGGAUAGGAAAUGGUAGAAACUGAGCCCAGGUUUGAUUCUUCGGCAUUCUUG